AUGAAUCGAAAAACGCCACAACAGAGAGAGGCCAGCAGGAAAACUUCAUUUGAGCCUCUUAAGAGUGAAAAGUAUUACCUUUUGAGUCGCCUUGGAGACGGAGGAUUUUGUGAAGUUUUCAAAGCCAAAGAUCUCGAAAACAAUCGGUAUGUGGCCAUAAAACGCGUGGACAGAAGUAAACGUGCCUUUGCAAAGUAUGCGCCCAAAGAGGUGGAAAAGAAGGUAAAGAAACUGAUGUAUCGUGAAGCCAGCAUUAUGAAGGCACUAGAUCACCCUAAUUUAAUCAAAUACUAUGAUAUGGUUGAUGAUGGGGAUGAAAUUUUUAUCGCAAUGCAAUUAGCUGAGGGUGGUGAAUUGUUUGAUAGAAUUAUCAAACGAGGAAAAUUCACCGAAAAAGAUGCGGCUACUAUCAUUGCUCAGGUUAUCACAGCAAUAGUUUUUAUGCAUGAAAGGGGUUAUGUGCAUCGAGAUAUCAAACCCGAGAACAUUUUGUUCGAAAAUACUAGUGAAGACUCGAAAAUCUAUAUCGCGGAUUUUGGGUUAUCUCGGGAGAUUGAAGAGAAAAUGCUAACAAAUUGUGGAACCGUAGAUUAUUCUGCCCCGGAAUUACUUAAAAGUAAAUUAACAAAAAGCGGAUAUGGACCAGAAGUUGAUAAUUGGAGUAUUGGUGUUGUUGCCUAUAUUCUCUUAUGUGGUUAUCCGCCUUUCUACUCAUCUAGCCAAGACGACAGUGAAAUAAAGAGGCAAAUCAUGGCUGGAACCUACCAUUUUCAUCAUCCACAUUGGGACAACAUAUCUAAGAAUGCCAAAACUUUCGUGGCUGGAUUGUUGACAGUUAAUCCCGCAGAGCGACUAUCACUCAAAAAGGCUUUAGAACAUCCAUGGAUUAGACAAGAAUGCCCAAGUGCCGUAGAUAUUUAUCCAUUGAUAGAAGAACGUCUUAAGGAUACAAUUGCGAAACAGCGAUGGCGGUGUUUGGGGUUGGCUGCUGAAGCUGUUCAAUUACUAUCUGUUAGAAGUCACUCAUUGGUUGAACGCAGACCAUCAAUCAGGGAAACACUAGUUGUGCCUGGUUAG